AGCUUGAUGUAAAUGCAACAAGAAGAGUGAAAGUGUUUUCUCCCUACACUUUCUGUAAUAACAACAGGACCGUAGAAGUGGUCAGGAAGACUUCUUUUUGACGGACUUUCAGUAAACUAAAUACAUAUAAGAAGAAACAUGGCGCUCACCGAUGCGGACGUACAGAAACAGAUCAAGCACAUGAUGGCCUUCAUUGAGCAAGAGGCCAGCGAGAAAGUCGAGGAAAUCGAUUCCAAGGCUGAGGAGGAGUUCAACAUCGAGAAGGGUCGUCUGGUGCAGACUCAGAGGGUGAAGAUCAUGGAGUACUAUGAGAAGAAGGAAAAGCAGAUUGAGCAACACAAGAAAAUCCAGAUGUCCAACCUGAUGAACCAAGCAAGGCUUAAGGUGCUGAAGGCCCGUGACGACAUGAUCGCCGAUUUGUUGCAUGAGGCUCGUCAAAGACUUGCAGAGAUUGCCAAGGACCCUGCUAAUUACUCCAUCCUAUUGGAGGGCAUGGUGCUUCAGGGAUUCUUUCAACUACUUGAACCCAAAGUUACCAUUCGCUGCCGACAGCAGGAUGUAGAAAUGGUUCAGGCAGCCGUUAAUAAGGUCAUCCCUAUCUACAAAGAGGCAGUGAAGAGCAACAUCAUAGUCAAAAUCGACCAGGAGCGCUUUCUCUCGUCAGAGAUCUGCGGAGGAGUUGAAGUGUAUAAUGAUAAUGGGAAGAUCAAGGUUUCCAACACUUUGGAGAACAGGCUUGAUCUUAUUGCACAACAGAUGAUGCCUGAAAUCAGGGUGAACUUGUUCGGCGCCAAUCCCAACCGCAAAUUCACGGAUUAACGCUGGCUUUGAAGAGAGCGGCGAGGACACGGGUGGAAUAUAUAAGGUGACCACAGACCAUCAUCAUCAUAGUGAGCAAGAACAAGACUGCACAAUUACCUACCAAUCAUCGGGGUCAAAGAAAGCUCUGAUUUACUUAAUGGGACGCUACUGAUGUGCAUACAUCUUUUUAUUUUUGUACUAAUGGACUGAAUUCAACAAGUGCACUUAUGACUAUGUGUAAGUGCAUUCUGUUUUACCUCUCCAGGGAUGUCUAAAGGACUGCUUUAAAUUGUGAUGGCAAAUAUGUGUUCCCUCAGUUGUUUUGGGAAGUCUGUUACUCUUAAUGUGUUGAUUAAUGUAAUCAAAGCUACAUAUUAUUUAGGUCACCAAAGAUACACAUUUUCCUUUCACAUACUA